CAAACUCAUUAAGUUGGCACCGUUAACAUUUAUUCAGUGUCACUCAUAACAUCCUAGGAAACAAGAACAAACCCUAGGAAACAAGAACAAACAAACAUGGUUUAUAGUACAAUUUCAGGUGUACGGUUCCCUGCUGUUCCUUUCCUGCACAAGUCUCCGAGCUUCCACGGCGAUCGAAGGACUUCAACUCUCUACUUUCUUCUCAACAAUGAUUCCUUCUCUCUGCGGAAGACCCUUGCUGGAAAAUUUUCCCAUGAUUCUGAUUCCUCAUCUUUUGUGGUUGCUGCAUCUGAUAAAGUACUUAUUCCUGAAGGUCAAGAUGACACUUCAUCCUUGACAGAACAAGUUGAAAAUCCUGAUAUGAUCUUGGAGGAUCCACAGGCUCUUCAAAACUUAGGGGAUUUAACCAUGAAAGAUGAGAAUAAAUACGAUGACAUCGAAGCAGGUAGCAGUUACAGAGAAGUUGAAGAUAAGCAUGGUUCUGUUUUGUCAUCACUUGUAGAAGUUAAUGCCAAUGCUGAUGCUGAGAAGACAUCAGUGUCUACAGACAGGAAAGUAAAACUAGAAGGAGAUGAAGUUAAACCUAAGAUCAUUCCCCAACCUGGCUCUGGGCAGAAAAUAUAUGAAAUUGAUCCACUUUUGCAAGCUUACCGUGAGCAUCUUGAUUUCCGUUAUGGACAAUACAAAAAAUUGCGCGAGGAAAUUGACAAGUAUGAAGGUGGCCUGGAUGCUUUUUCUCGUGGUUAUGAAAAAUUUGGCUUUACACGCAGUGCUACAGGCAUUACUUACAGGGAGUGGGCACCUGGAGCUAGAUCCGCAGCGUUAAUCGGAGACUUCAAUAAUUGGGACCCAAAUGCAGAUGUGAUGACUCGGAAUGAAUUUGGUGUUUGGGAGAUCUUCUUGCCAAACAAUGUGGAUGGUUCACCACCAAUUCCUCAUGGAUCUCGAGUGAAGAUUCGCAUGGAUUCUCCAUCUGGCAUCAAGGACUCAAUUCCUGCUUGGAUCAAAUUCUCUGUACAGGCUCAGGGUGACAUUCCAUAUAAUGGCAUAUACUACGACCCACCUGUGGAGGAAAAAUAUAUCUUCAAACAUCCACAGCCAAAGAAACCAAAAUCUCUUAGAAUAUAUGAGUCACACGUUGGAAUGAGUAGUCCGGAGCCAAAAAUUAACACGUAUGCCAAUUUUAGAGAUGAAGUACUACCUCGCAUUAAAAGGCUGGGCUAUAAUGCUGUCCAGAUUAUGGCUAUCCAAGAGCAUGCUUACUAUGCUAGUUUUGGGUAUCAUGUUACAAAUUUCUUUGCACCUAGCAGCCGGUUUGGAACUCCUGACGAACUUAAGUCUCUGAUAGAUAGAGCCCAUGAACUUGGUCUGCUUGUUCUUAUGGACAUUGUACAUAGCCAUGCAUCAAAUAAUACAUUGGAUGGGCUGAACAUGUUUGAUGGAACUGACAGUCAUUACUUCCAUUCUGGAUCACGUGGUUAUCACUGGAUGUGGGAUUCUCGCCUUUUUAACUAUGGAAGCUGGGAAGUACUAAGAUAUCUACUUUCAAAUGCAAGAUGGUGGCUAGAAGAAUACAAAUUCGAUGGGUUUAGAUUUGAUGGUGUCACAUCAAUGAUGUAUACUCAUCAUGGAUUGCAGGUAGCUUUUACUGGAAACUACAGCGAGUAUUUUGGAUACACAACUGAUGUUGAUGCUGUGGUUUACCUGAUGCUGGUUAAUGAUAUUAUUCAUGGACUCUUCCCUGAAGCUGUUACAAUUGGUGAAGAUGUCAGUGGAAUGCCAGCAUUCUGCCUUCCUACUCAAGAUGGUGGUGUUGGCUUUGAUUAUCGCCUGCACAUGGCGAUUGCAGACAAGUGGAUUGAGCUUAUCAAGAAGAAAGAUGAAGACCUGAGAAUGGGUGAUAUAGUUGACACACUCACAAACAGAAGAUGGCUGGAAAAGUGUGUGGCUUAUGCAGAAAGUCAUGACCAAGCCUUGGUUGGCGACAAGACAAUCGCAUUUUGGUUGAUGGACAAGGAUAUGUAUGACUUCAUGUCUUUAGACAGACCAUCUACUCCUCUUAUAGAUCGUGGCAUAGCAUUACAUAAAAUGAUUAGGCUUAUUACCAUGAGCCUUGGUGGUGAAGCGUAUUUGAAUUUUAUGGGGAAUGAAUUUGGCCAUCCUGAGUGGAUUGAUUUUCCAAGGGAAGCUCGAUAUCUUCCUAAUGGUGAUGUAGUUCCUGGGAACAAUAACAGUUUUGAUAAAUGCAGGCGUAGAUUUGACUUAGGGGAUUCAGACCUUCUAAGAUACCGGGGGAUGCAAGAAUUUGAUCAGGCCAUGCAUCAUCUGGAAGAAAGAUUUGGGUUCAUGACUUCUGAACAUCAAUAUAUAUCACGGAAAAAUGAAGAUGACAGGGUUAUAGUCUUUGAAAGGGGCAACCUCGUCUUUGUAUUCAAUUUUCAUUGGACCAACAGCUAUUCAGAUUACAGAAUUGGCUGUUUAAAGCCAGGGAAAUAUACGAUUGUCUUGGACUCGGAUGAUCCAUUGUUUGGUGGCUUCAAUAGGCUCAAUCACGCUGCUGAAUACUUCACCUCUGAAGGAUGGUUCGAUGACCGGCCUAGUUCCUUUCUACUGUAUGCACCUUCUAGAACAGCAGUGGUGUAUGCCCUUGCAGAAGAUGAAGUAGAACAAGAUCAAAUCAAGCACUGAAGUUCUGGUUCUGGUUCUGGGUUAAAUAAAGGUGUCAGUGCUUAGUGGCAUAGAAUAUAGAUACAGUAACUCAUCAACAUAGCCAACCCACAUAUCUGAUGGUUUGACAAACCCUGAAACAACCAAGAAGCAGAAUUACAUCCAAAUGUUAAUCUAUGUGGAGCGUGUAGCAGCAUGAUAACGUUCAAAUACAUGUUUCUUGCACACCAAGCUUUCUUUUUUGUUAGGAUUUCACCUGUGUAAAUUGCAUUUGAGAAAUAUAUGAUGUUUUUUUAAGAAUCACGAAUGUAUUUAUGAUUUAACUUUUUAAGUCCAAAAAAAAUGAAAGAAAAGAUUUAUACGAUUGUUUGGCCCAUUGCUUUGGGCUUC